CCCACAUCCUCUCUUCUCUCACCCUACUCUACUCAUCUGCCAUGGACUGUGAUGCCCAUGUCUACCGUUCGUCACACAUUCUGUCCUAUCGAUUUUCGAUCUUCAUCGUUUGAUCGUCUUGUGCAUCCGCCAUGACUUCUCCCAAGGAAUACGGACUCUAUGAGCCGUUCGAUCUUCUAUCCACCGUCCAUCAAACCUACAGCGAUUCCAAGAUGAUCGUAGUGGCCUGUCUGGCAUCCUGGCUUCUCUGCCGUCUAAACUUUCGCUUUAUCUGGAUUAUAUUCAUUCUCGCCUGCUGUCGAACCCAAUAUGAUGUUUCUAUCCGCCGGGUGGAACGUGUGAUCCGGGAUGAAGUGCGGCGAUACCAUUCACGGAAGACGCUUCAGCGAGGCGAGAGUGUCGAAUGGGUGAACACCAUUGUGGGCAGGCUGUGGCAUCUCUACGAGCGACGGAUCUGUGAUGAGCUUGUGCGAUAUGUCAACAGCGAACUGGCGCGGAAAGGAACCAUCGAAGGUAAUCCGCAACGGGUAGUUGUACACACACUGGAGGUUAUCAAGCAGCCGCUACGCAUCAACAAAGUCCGAGUCAUUCAGAAGCCGGAGUCGCCCAAUUUCAUUCUGGAAGCAGAGUUCUCUGUCAACAUCCAGCACCCGAAUGCGCACCAGCACUUACGCUUUCUUGACGACCCUCUGCUGGAAAUGAGCAUCGUCCACGAACACCCCGACCGGAAACACCACGACGUGGCAGUGCAAGUCAAGCAGUUCACCGGUUCGGGAACGGUGCAGUUUGAAUUCGAUUUCGAGUCCUCCCAACCGCACCUUCUCCAGCCACACUUUGAAAUUCAAGACAAGCCGCAUAUGGACUGUACGAUCAAGACGAUCAGCCACCACCAUUUUCCUUUUCACUUCGCGCACCACGUUGACUGGAGAAAGGUAGUUGAACGGCAGAUCCGCGAGGGAAUACACCGAGUCUUCCACCAGCCGCUACCUCUACCGUUCAAUGUGCUAGGCGAGGGACUGAUGCUCAAGAUUAUGACCGGUAUGUGGUAUUGGCAUCGCUACCGAGACGGAGAAGGCUGGCUGUGAUAUCACGUGUGUUGCCACGCCAUGUUUGAAAAAAGAUCAGCAAAAGGGGCCAAUCAGGGGCUGUUCCUAAACAUAGUCUGCCUCGUAGGGCUGAUUCUACAAGAGUUGCCAUUGGCUGGAAACGGUGUUGCCUAGAUCGGGUUUGUGGUGUUUUGUAAAUAACAUUUGAAAAUUACAGUAAAUACAUCAAUACUUGUAUGCACCC